GGUUGCAGAUGGCGCUGUUGUAUUAACCAGCGGCCAAUUAGAAGAUUUCAGAUGGUACUGUAUUACUAUGCGUAUUAUUACUUUACUACGAAAUAUAGUGUCAAAAAUGGAUUGACGUCUUUUACAAAUAUAUCUUUGAAGAGGUUAGAUGACAAAGAUUAUGUGAAUAACAUCGAAAAGUUGGCUAGAUAAAUAUACUAAUUCCACGAUGGUUAGUAAAGAUGGAAAGAUAGAUCUGUAUCGUGAUACUCCUAUAAGAUAUUUAGGUUAUGCUAAUGAAGUCGGAGAGGCAUUUCGACACAUGAUUCCAAGAUCUGUUGUAUGGUUAACUUAUGUUAUUUCUUCUGGUUAUGUCUUAGCUGAUACGAUAGAUAAAGGUUAUCACGUGUAUCAGAAUGAUCAAACUUCGCAAAAGAUGAAACAUGUUAUGCUAUCAACUGCGGACACUUUAUUAUGGCAAUCAUUUGCAUCCGUCAUAAUUCCAGGUUUUACUAUUAACAGACUUUGUGUGGCAGUACAAUAUGCACAAAAAAAUGCAACUAACUUAAUUUUAAAGAAUCCUUGGUUACCGACGAUUGUCGGUUUAUUAUCUGUACCGCUUAUAGUACAUCCUAUAGAUUAUGUCGUAGAAGAAACGAUGAAUACUACUUAUAGAAAAUGGAUCGAUCAUUAUCCCAAACGCAAUAAUGACAAAGCUAGAGAUGAUAAAUAAGAAAAAAAAAAAAAAAAAAAAAAAAAAAAAAAAAAAAAACAAGCGGGGGAAAAGAAAAAGAAAAAGAAAAGGCAAAGCAAUAAUUCAAUAUAAGUGCACUUUAAUAUUCCGAGUACAAUAAUUGGUCUUAUCGAUCUUUAUACGCUUUUUUUUUCUUUUUUUUUUUUUUUUUUUUUUUUUUAGGUUAUAUGAAUACGACUUAAGGUAUGAAUAAAAUUAAAUAACGAUAAAACAUUGUAAAUUGUAAUAUCGGAAUCGAUGAAAUUUCAUGAUACAAAUAUAUUUAAUAUUUAUGCGAUUAUCAGAGUUUCAUGCUCUUGACGCACAAUAAAACAAUGUGUUCAACGUG